AUUCAUUCCAUUUUGGCGCGUCCCGACGUGCGGAUCACAAGAGCGACUCCGUGAUUUUGCGACCGCCUAAAAACCGCUUUCGCGUCAUCAAGCCGUAAUGUAAACACAGUUCACAUUUAAAUUAUUCACAUCACAUCAUUGACAACAACUUUUUUUCUCUCAAAAAAAAUUUUGUUUUUUGUUCGGAGCGUCUGUCGAGCGACGCCCAACGUCGUUUUUUACGCGGCGCUCGCCGCACUUAUGAAUGAAAGCCGCGAUGUAAGUUCGAACGCGAAUAAUAUUAAUAAUAGAGUUUCGCGCUACUGAAUUAAAUAAAAUAUUAUGUUGUAUCAGUUGAGUAAUUGUUCGGAAACUUCCUCGGAAGUUUACGAGAUGAGUUCUUGCGGUGCGAGUAACUGCAGUUGUUUGGGAGUAGCGAAAAAUGUGGUGACCAGGAGCGAGCAGCAGCGUAAUGGGACCGUCAUUGACUCAUUUUAUCUUUACGAGGUGGAACAUUUUACAGUCCUGUGGAUCCUGUUCGUAGUGAUCGUGAUCGGCAACAGUGGCGUCCUGUAUUCGCACUUCAUCGGGCGACCGAGGAAGAGCCGAAUGAAAUUUUUUAUCGCUCAUCUGGCUUUUGCAGAUUUAACGGUGGGUCUGAUAAGCGUCCUCACGGACAUAGUGUGGCGGAUGACGGUGUCAUGGUACGCCGGCGACACCUGGUGCCGAUUUAUUAAGUUUUCGCAGGGUCUGGUAACAUACGCUUCCACUUACGUUUUGGUCUCUUUAAGUAUCGACAGGUAUGACGCCAUCAGGCACCCCAUGAAGUUCUCUGGCAGCUGGAGAAGAGCGAGAAUUCUGAUUAUAUUCGCUUGGGCCAUUAGCGCCCUAUUUUCACUCCCCAUGCUGUUUUUAUAUAAAGAGAAGAUCAUACAAGACCAUCCGCAAUGCUGGCUCGAGUUCAAUCAGCAAUGGAAAUGGCAAGUUUACAUGGUCCUUAUAUCCUUAUCUCUAUUUGUCAUACCGGCCAUCAUUAUUACUACUUGUUAUGCCAUUAUGAUUAAAACCAUUUGGACGAAGAGUGAGGUACAGUUUCCCAGGAGGCGCAAGGGCAGCUUUCACGAGAGAAUAGGUUCCGAUGGGGAUAGGAGAGCUUCCUCCAGAGGACUGAUACCCAGAGCCAAAGUUAAAACUAUCAAAAUUACUUUAGUGAUUGUGACAGUUUUUAUCCUCUGCUGGAGUCCCUACAUAAUAUUCGAUCUUCUCCAAGUGUUCGGUUACAUCCCGGACACACAGAAAUACACCGCAAUCGCGUCCUUCAUCCAGAGUCUGGCGCCACUGAAUUCCGCUGCUAAUCCGAUUAUUUAUGGCAUUUUUUCCACGCACAUUUGCAAAUUUUUGGGGAAAAUCGCUCCAUUUAAAUGGUGUAAGAUCCAAAAACGUCGAAAACCCAGAAAUUCUACCACCAAGAGCAGCACCAUAUCGGAAGUGCUCACCAACACCACAAAAAGAAGAUCCGACAUGGUCACAUCCAUAAAUAAGGCGCAUACGGCCAUCGUGGUCGCAUUAGUACAUGAAAAGACUUAAGUCAGUUUAGCACUAAGUGUCAAGUAGGUAUAAUAUCUGUGAUAUCUAUAAGUAUUUCAAUUACAUUUUACGCUCCUAUCUAUAUGUUAUAGCAGUAUAAUAUGAUAAAAUGGCGACGAAUAUGACGUUAAAUAAAAGCUCCGCCAUUUUGAAUUCAUUAACUAUUCUGUAAAGUUCCUGAGGAAAAGAUCACAUACAAGGUAUUAAACUAAAAAAGAAACAAUAAUCUUGCGUAUUAUAAAGACUGAUUUUUAAAAAAAUGCAGCUUUACCUUUAACAUUAUGCAGGGUGUCUCAAUAUUUAAGCUCAACUAUCAUAAUAUCAACAAGUCAUUAAUAAAAAUAGAAAAUAAUUCCUAGUCCGGCCCGGGGUAGCAACAAAUUCGGCUAAUGGGAGGCUUGGUAAAUUGCCGAUAGAAGAAUUAAAUUUGUACAAAGUAGUAGAGUAUACGUACAUGAUGUAAAAAUACAUAUAUAAUAUUUAACUGAUUAUGUAUUACGUACUUAUAAUGAAUGUUUAGUAUUUAUUGAAAUAAAUGUGUAUAUUUAUGUUUUAUUGCAGUAUUAUAUGAGAGUAUGUAAUA